AUGGGGACGCGCGCCGCGCUCGCCCUCUCCGCCGCCUGCCUCUGCUGGGCCGCCCUCGGCGCGGCCGCGUGGUCUGUGAAUAAUUUCCUGAUGACCGGACCCAAGGCUUACCUGACGUACUCCAGCAGCGUGGCGGCGGGAGCGCAGAGCGGCAUCGAGGAGUGCAAGUUCCAGUUCGGCUGGGAGCGCUGGAACUGCCCGGAGAGCGCCCUGCAGCUCUCCACUCACAACCGCCUCCGGAGCGCCACCAGGGAAACGUCCUUCAUGCACGCCAUCAGCUCCGCCGGCGUCAUGUACACCCUCACCAGGAACUGCAGCCUGGGCGACUUCGAGAGCUGCGGCUGCGACGACUCCCGCAACGGCCGCGUCGGUGGCCGAGGCUGGGUCUGGGGAGGCUGCAGCGACAACGUGGACUUCGGCGAGAGGAUUUCCAAGCUCUUCGUGGAUGCUCUGGAAACGGGACACGAUACCCGCGCCCUCAUUAACCUGCACAACAACGAGGUUGGGCGACUUGCUGUGAAAGCAACCAUGAAGAGGGCCUGCAAGUGCCAUGGGGUGUCAGGCAGCUGCAGCAUCCAGACGUGCUGGCUCCAGCUUGCCGAGUUUCGGGAGAUCGGGAAUUACCUGAAAAUGAAGUACGACCAGGCCCACAAGCUGGAGAUGGACAAGAGGCGGAUGCGAGCCGGAAACAGCGCCGAGAGCCGCGGGGCCACGGCGGAGGCGUUCAACAACGUCCACGCCACCGAGCUAGUCUUCCUGGAGGACUCCCCCGACUACUGCACCAGGAACGCCAGCCUGGGCCACCACGGCACGGAGGGCCGGGAGUGCCUGCAGACGGGCAAGAACCUCUCGCAGUGGGAGAAGAGGAGCUGCAGGCGGCUCUGCACCGAGUGCGGCCUCAAGGUCGAGGAGAGGAGGACGGAGAUGGUCGCCAGCUGCAACUGCAAGUUCCACUGGUGCUGCACGGUGAAGUGCGAGCAGUGCAGGCAGCUGGUGGCCAAGCACUUCUGCUCGCGCAGGGACAGCGCCGCCACCAACCACAUCAAGCGCAGGAACAAGGGCCACCAGAGAUAG